AUGGACACACCAAACUGGAUCUUUCCUGACCACGACACCUACAACCACUGCGUCACUCCUAAUGAUGUGGAAGAAUGGCAAGCUAGUCAAACACCUCAAAAAUCUUGCCUGCACGAUACCAUGCAGCCUGCGCCAUCUCUGCCAUUUGAGUAUGGUAUGCCACAACUGCAGUUUGGAAAUCUGGCAGCGCACAACACAUCCCAGAUGCAUCCGCAGUACGUGACAGAAGAUGUGGGCUACAGUGGUCCUCACUAUGCUGUGGAUCCGUCAUCUGGGCUGCGCCGCUCAUGCGAGUUGGCAAAUAGCGAGAGCUUCGAGUUCUGCAGCUAGUUUUGCAUGAAACAAACGACUCCGUCUGCCCGUACGACGAAGCCGUGCCAUUGAACUUUGGCAAGUCGAUGAUGUCCAGUGCCAGAUACGCCCGCGGUGUUGUUUAUUUCUCGGACUCUGUACAAGUGACAGUUUGGUGAUGGCUCGUAAAUUGGAGAAAUAAAAUGGCAGAAUAAAAUAAGAAUUGAGUGGGGCUACUG